CUGCACCGGCAGUCUUCCCCUAAACCUGCGACAGGGAAGCGACCGGAGGGACUCCACCCUGACAGGAAGCUCAGUGGGAGGAACACCUGGGAGGAGGAAGGAGUGGUGGGAGAGCGCCGGGAACAAACUGUACACCAUCGCCACGGACAAGACCAUCAGCAAGCUCAUGGUGGAGUACAAGCGCCGGAAACAGCAGCAGCAGAGCAACGUCAACCUGUUCAUGAAGGAGCAGGGCCGCGGUGGAGGGGCGGAGCCACAGAGACCCCCCCUGAUGAGACCCCAAAAUCUGGUGGACCAGCAGGGGGGGGGGCCCUCACUGAGGCACUCUGUCAGCGCCGGACCGGAGGUACUGAGGCAGGAGAAGAGACCCAGAUCAGGGUCCACCAUCAGCUCCCACAGCAUCACCCUGAGGGACUCGGAGGCCCAGAUACAGGCGUGGACCAACAUGGUGCUGACGCUCCUGAAUCAGGUCCUGCUGCUCCCGGACUCGUCCUUCCUGGCUCUGCUGCCGGCGCUCUACCCCUGCGUCAGUCAGCUGACCUGUCACGUGACCGACGCUCGAGUCCGCCAGGCGCUCCGAGAGUUGAUGGGCCGCGUCGGGAGACUCUACGACAUCAUCGUGUGACGACUGGGCGAAGACAUGCAGACGGUUGAAGAGCGAAGUCUGUGAAGGACGUUCAGAUUAAAAGUAGAAUGAGGAUCAAUGCUGUCAUGUGAUGGCGCCGCUGAUUGAUGAUUGGCUGACGUAAUGGAGAGGUGAGGCAUCAGAAAACAACUGGCUCUGAUGUUUUCGUAUGGAUUUGUGGCACUUUGGAAGAACAUCAUGUGACUUUAAAUGGGAGGUUUUGAUUGGCAGAUGAAGAACAGAGGAUUCAGUUGCUUUGUUUAUGAUGGACAUGUUGUUGUUGUUGUUUUAAAGGGAAUGUACCUCUUGUUAUUUUGUUCCUGUACUGUGUCAAAAGCUUUAAAUAUGAUUUGCUGUUUAUCAGUUUUGAGGAAAACUGAUUUGCAGAGUUGCUCAUAAUCGAAUGACAGCAUUGUCAUGCCGUCCAAAUAUGCUUCCACCUAAAGGAUAAAUAAUACAUGAAUUACAUGAAGCUAUUGUUACGGAAGAGGAUUAGCGCUACAAGAUAUUUCAAGAUCUGACCAAUAGUGUUUGUUUGUUUUAGUUCUGAGAUUAAAAUCUGAAUUCUGAGAAAAAAAUUGGAAUUUCAGAAAAAGUUAAGAUUCUGAGAAACAAGUCGGAAUAUUGAAAAAAAGUAUUUUCAGAAAUCUGAAAAAGUCAGAAUGUGGAUAAAAAGUUAGAAUUUUCACAAAAAGUCAGAAUUUUCAAAAACGUCGAAAUUUGCGAAAACAACGGAAUUUUGAUAAAAAGUCAGACUUUUUAGAACAUUUUUAGAAAAGUUUAGAAAAAAGUUGGAAUUAUUACUUUUCUCAGAAUUCUGACCAUUUCACUCAAAGAAAACAUCAUUUUUGCUCAGAUCUAAAAAAAAGUCCUGGUGUGGAUGCAGACGUUUGGACAAAAACAAUGAAUUAUUUUCAGUUUUACCCCCAUUAUUUUUCUUACCUGCUGAUCAGCUGAUCUCUGAGAAAUGUCUUACAUAGUGAAAGCAAAUUAAAAAAUACUGUAAUUUUAUUUAUUUGUUUAUUUAAUUCUGCACAACCAGAGUCAGGCCAUAUUAAAUACGCUGGAGAAACAUGUCUUUGCAUCUGCUCUGAUUGUAUAUUAACGUUUGUCGCUGCAAUGCAUUUUCUAUAUCCAGCUUUAAAAACUGUGCGCUGAUCUUUUUGACAGAAUGUUUAUUGUUCGACCUCAAACUCUCUGAAUCAAAUAUUUAUUCAAACUAAAUCCCACAUACAGUUUGUGUAUUUUGAAAGCUUAUGAUUUACAUGUGUGUAUAUAAAUUAUAUAUAUCCAGUUUAAAUUAUUUAUUAUUUAAGAUAUUUAAAGUGUGAUUUUUUUUUCAGCAUUUUCUUUGUUGUUUUUAUACUUUCCUUCCACUUGAUGCAGUGUGUGUGCAUGUGCUUACUGAUUGACAUGAGCAAGGUACGAUGAAAGUGUGACCAACUACCAACUAUUGUUAAAAUGCCAAAAAGAGCGAUCACAUGACGUUACAUCUAAAUACAAACCUGUCUGUAAUCCGAGGCAAAGAAGCAGCUUUUACACACAUUUUAAAGUGUUUAUUUUUGGGUUAAUUCCCUUUCCAAUAUCAAGCCAAAACGUAACAAUUCUAUUCACAAUAUUUCCACAUUUAAGGCGAGCACAUUUCCCUGAAAACAGAUUCUUGCUCCACAGAGGAUACACCCUUCAGAUUCCAAUGACCACCUGCCUCACUGAAGAUCUCAUACUGUAUGCAUUUGUCAGCAAAAAUGUGUCAUCUCUAGGUUGUACGCUUGUAUAUUUAUAAUUAAUACGCCACUAAAAUCACGGUACAGUUA